AUGGCGGUGGGAUGGGCGGGCUCCGCCAUCCCAAGCAGGGGCGUCUGGCUCGCGGACCUCUCGCGGUCUCAGCACAAGCCACACCCCACCCUCUACCCCCAGCUGUGCGCACUCAGGUCUGAGACGCUUGGGGGGAACGGAACAGCCCUGCUCCGGGGGUGCUCACUGCCCUCCUCACCGCACCCGGCGCUCAUCGCCGCCGCUGCCUGGCGGCCCCUGCGCUCAACAGCUCCUUCGCAAGCCCCACUCCCCAGGAUCGCGCUCGACUGCCCCCCACAGCUCCGCUCCCUCCAGGGGGAACCGCUGCUCAGCCUUGGCAGACGCCGCCGUCCCAGGCAGGGGCGUCGGGCUCGCGAGCCUUCUCCCGCGUGCGGUCUCAGCGCCAGCCACCCCCACGCCCCAGCCCCAGCCCCAGUCGUGCGCGCUGUGAGGGCUGAGACCCUCAGCUCUCUCGGGGGGAACCGGCCAGCCCCAGGGGUAGUCACUGCCGUCCCGCCGCUCCAGGUCUCACUACCGCCCCUGCGCUCAGGCCAGCCCCUCGCCCGCGGGCACCGCCUGCCCGGGGAGAGCGCGCUCCCCGCGGGGCGCUCCGGCCCCUCCCCGCCGCGGGCUCCCCACAGGCCCGGGCCCCGCCCGCCCCCUGAGGGUCCUCGGCCCCGGCCCUCGCUCUCCAGCCGGCGGGCCUCGCCCACAGGUGCCGGGAGGAGGCGCCGCUGCUCCGCGAGCAUCCGCGGCUGCGUCCCGCACGUUCGGGGCCCCAGACCUCGGCGGGCGCCGCUUUUGGCGCGUCUGGGCGGCUUUUUGAGACUCUCCCGCCCGCUGCGGAGAACCGCCCCCCAGGCCGCUGAAGGCCACCCCGACUCUCCUCUCCGGGGGCACAGAGGAUCCCCUCGCUCCCCGACCAGGGCACCGCGGAGAAGGCGUCCCCCGCCCUCGCCCCGUGGCGUGCUCGGGGGUCCCCGUCGUCCGUGGCGGGGGCCCCGUCAGCGCCCGGCGAGCAGACGGGGCGUCGGGCUCCUGCUCCCCCGCCGCUGCGUCUACGGCUCCGGGUCCUGGGCCGGCCCCGCCGGCAGCUCGCCCCCCUCCCCUCCAGUCUCCGGCGCAGCUCCCGGGCCGCGUCUGCCUCCCGGGGGUCCGCGGCGCCUCCAGGCUCGUCUUCCCGCCGCGGGCAGCGCUUCGAGGGACGCUCACCCCGGACCUGCUCCGAGCGGGGCCCGAGUCCGUCGGCGGCCCCCGCCGUGCGCACCGUCCUCCCGCGGCGCGGGGUCGGGGGCCGCAGAGAGGAGCGCGCCCCCCCGCUCCCCCCCAGGUCCUCGGGAGCCGCGUUGCCCUCGGAGGCGGGUCCUGCCGCCCGGGCCGGCCGUGGGGCGGCUCCGGGGCUCCGGGCACACGGGCAGAGGGUCCUGGGGCUCCGGGGGCUGGCGUGGGCCUUUCGCGUCCCCCCCGACAGCGCAGCCGGGCGUCCGGGGCAGGCGGGCAGGAGGCCCCGGGGAGGCUCGCGGCCCCGGUGAAGCCAGACUCUCCGGGCUCUCUGCGCGGGGGACCGGGGACCGAGGGGCCGGGGAUCCGGAGCUGAGGUGGGGGGUCUACAGGGCUGGCGGGGGGAUCUUCAGCCCUGGGGGCAUCUUGACUCUCUGGGCGCUCUCCGGCGUUCCCGCGGGGCCUCCCGUCCCGGCCGCUGCGGCGCGUCCUCUCCCGCGGCCGCUCCCGCUGGGGCCCCAGCCCGCCCGGCCGCGGAGGCGCCGCCCUACACGCUCCGCCCCGGCUCCCCGGGUGCGCCCCGCGCCGCGCCCAGGGCCCAGGUGCUGUCGCGGAGCCCCCGGCGCCCGAGCCGCAGCGGCUGCCUGGACGCCACAGACCCCCGCUCUGGCCCCGAGCCCCCCACCGUGCGCGCCCCGGAUCUGCUAG